UUACAGGUGAGAGAAACUGAGACCAUAGAUGCCCAAUGGCUUGGCUACCCUGCCUCUGGAGACUUGCCAGAUGAUGAAGACAUUGGUGAAUUCAGGCCUCACUUAACUUCUGAUGGGUUAGAUAUAGAUGAGUCAUCUGGAUCUGGAGACUACUCAGACUCUGAAGAUGCCAUAUAUCUGACCACCAUGGAUACUCCUGUGAUAUCUGACAACUAUAUCCCUGGAGAUACUGAGAGAAAGAUAGAAGGUGAGAAGAAAAACACAAUGGUGGACAAUGAAAUAAUUCCAGACAAAGCCGUACCUGUUGAAGAGAACCUGUCCAACAAGAUCUCCAUGGCAAGCACAGCCAACAGCAGCAUCUUUGAAAGAACAGAAGUCCUUACAG